AUGCCGCUCACAAGGCAGAGCCAGCGCGCGGUCAAGACAUGCACAGAAUGCGCGCGUCGGAAGAUUCGCUGCUCGAAAACAGUUCCAUGUACAGCUUGUGUUCGCAAGCGCAUGGAACAGCACUGCCAUCGCGAACCUGUCCGUGUCGUAACUAAGCAUAUGGCCGUGGUGGAAUCGGCGUCUGUUGAUGAUCAAGCUACUGAGACAUUCAGCGGCAGACCUGGGUGUGAGGACGCUGAGAGACCCAACAGUAGGAGAACUGGAGUUAAUGUCGUUUACAAUUCAAUUGGCACUACACAAUCUACACUCGCCUGCUCCGAUAGCGUUGCCACUCUACAUGGUUCUCGGCAGCCAGAUGAGAAGAGUAUGAGUGUGGCUGCUGUGCCCAGUUCAAGGCUCACGAAUGACAAAGCAGCCAGCCUCGAAUUUCUUGCUUAUGGUCGCCAAGGUACACUGAAUCACUUAGGUGGCCUAGAAGGCUCUUCAUCGUAUUCCGGAUCACGAGGCCAGGACAUUCAGGAGAUCAUCGGAGCAAGAUAUCACCCACUUGUGGAAUGGGACCCAAUAUAUCCAAUUGAAGAAGCUCGUGCACUGCUUAUUAUCCAUAGGAAACAUAUUGCCUGGAUGCAUAAUGUGGUUCACAUGCCUAGCUUCAUCGAGCAAUUCGAUAUCAAUGCUGCUUCGGGCCUUUGUGAGCAGCCGUGGCUCGCUCUCUACUAUGCGAUUCUGACAGCGAGUGCCCGUUCAACUCUUUACCAUAUUCCGGCAUCCUCCAUGAAAACCCUAGGUCUUAGUAUUGUCACUCAUGUAAACACGGUUCAAGAACUGUACGACAAGAGCAUCGAUUAUCUUUACCGCUCGAACUUCAUAUCUAAGCAUAGCCUCAGCUCUGUUCAGGCCAUCUGCGUGCUUCUUCAGGUAGCGCAUCAUUACGAUCAGUCGGAUACAAUCUGCGUCCUUGUGGCUGCCGCCAUCCGCAUUGCACAAUGUUUGAACAUAAACCGACUAGGCCCUGAUCCCAACAUGAAUGCGCCUUCCACUGCCGGCACGUCUAGUGUUGUUUCGUCUCUUAUUGAACGAGAGGUGAAGAAGCGGAUUUGGUGGUUCCUGGUUCGCCAAGACUGGCUCCAAAUACCAUUUCAGAAUACAUGUUUGAUUCAUCUCACUCAGUUUAACACUCCGAUGCCAGUCAACUGUUUUGAGAAUGCAGAUGAGAUGAUCAGCGACGGCAGUGUAGUUGCUCAACCAGAAAACGUCUUCACACAGACUAGCUUUACACAUGUUCUCAACCAAGUUGCCGUAAUCAUUUGGAAGCACCAAGAUCGCUUGUGUCAAGUUGGGUUUCCGGGAGACCUCGAGGACGGUCUGAUGAAACUCUACGACCAGACUACCUGGGCAGAUGAGGAGCUGAAAAAGAUAUACUCCGGCUGCGCUUCAUACCUUCAGUACUCUUCUUCUCUUUCGGGACAACAAGCGCAUGAAAAUGCGCCUACAAGCCCUUUGAGGCAUCUAGCCUGCGUCGCUCUUCUCUCCGCGGCACAUAAGAUAUUCACGGUGCACCGCCACUUUCAGCUACGUAGCUUUCGCGACACUCGUUUUGCGUAUACUCAAUUAUCUUGCGUGUCAUUGGCAGAGAGAAGCAUUCGAAUGGUUGAACAAUGGGAAAACACCCUUGACUUCGAAAUCGUAAAGAGAAUGUGGACCACUCCGACACAGACAAUCACUUGCUGCAUUACGAUUUUAUUUGCCUUAAUGUUUCGCUUCAAGCACCCCCUCACGUACGACUACCAAAAAUUGCGAGAAUAUGUCAAUAUUGGUCGUGCGUUUAUCAGAGAGCUGGAGCCACGGAGUUCGAUCGCCCGCAGGGGUGCGAGGCUUUUGGAUGCCUUGAUCGGGAUCGAUCACACUUCUACUGACUCUGAAGAUAUUGAGCUGGAGAUUGGAGAUGUAAUACGCCGCGUUGCGAUCGCAGAAAACUCCGCUGAAACUGGCGAUCAAAUUUCUGCUGGAACUAACGAGCAAGGAGAUGAACUUGAUAUUCUGGAACUAUGGGACGAAUUCAUUGGAGAAACUGACUUGAGAAUAUUUGAAGGCGUGUACUAG